AUGAAGGCUACUUUCUUCCUCGCUGCUGCUGGCCUCGUUGCCGCUCAGGACUUCGGCGGUCAACCCGAGUGUGCUCUCAAAUGUCUGCAGGAGAACAUCCCCAAGGCCGGCUGCAAGCUCGAGGACACCGCAUGCCAAUGCGCCUCCGAUUUCCAGGAGAAGCUCCUCCCCAUCAUCACCCCUUGCUUGACCAAAGCCUGCGAGGCUUCAGACCUCCUCAAGGCUCAGUCCGCUGCCGCCGAUGCCUGCAAGGAGUUUGCUAAGACGGCCGGCUCCAGCAAGCCUACCGCUACCUCUGCUGCUGCCACCAGCGGCGCCGUCACCGUCAGCAUCGACACCUCCGUCACCGGCUCCGCCAGCGUCCCCGCCAUCUUCUCCAGCAUCCCUGAGGAGUCCACCGUUGUUCCCGUUACUCCCCACCCCGGCAACGGAACCACCAAGACUCACGGAGCUUCCACACCCACUGGGACUUCUGGCUCUGGUUCCGGCAGCGAGAGUGGCAGCGCCAGCAGCGUUCCUACCGGUAACGCUGCUGCUGUGGCUGGCCCCGCCUUGGGUCUCCUCGCUGCCCUCGGUGCUGUCCUUGCUCUGUAA